AUGGUAGCAUUUUUGUUGUGUAUUACGGAUAUUUUUACUGGUGUUGGUAUCAUUGUUGGCAUCAGCAUUAAUAUUGGUAUUGGUAUUAUUAUUGAUAUUGGAAUUAUUAUUAUUAUUAUUGUUGUUAAUAUUGUUAAUGAUACGGUUGUUAUUCUUGAUAUUACCGGUUUGAUUAGGCCGAUUACUGUCCUUGUCAACAACAGAUGA